AUGGGGAAUAUCAGAAGAAGUGUGCUGUUUGGCAUAUCACGCUUCCUUAAUUCAACAGCCGCCCCGGCUCGAGUACUCGGCGGCGCAUCGUCAAACGCCACCAUUCCGUAUCAAACUCUCUACAGGCCUUAUGUUAAUUCAUUCUCUCGUUUCUAUUCUUCUAAUGGCGGUGUCGAAUCCCUAGAUUUCGAUUUGUCCAACGAAGAAAGCAAGCGAAUAUUAACUAACAGAUUGUUGUAUAGAAGCAAACAAAGGGGUUUUCUGGAGCUGGACUUAGUUCUAGGAAGUUGGGUGGAGAAUCACAUUGGAUCUUUAGAUGAAAAGGGGAUCAAAUCGCUUAUUACUGUCCUCGACCUGGAAAAUCCAGAUUUGUGGAAAUGGCUCACUGGACAGGAGCAACCUCCUGAAGCAAUCGAGACGAAUCCUGUAUUCAAUGAGGUGCGUAGCAAGGUAAUGAACAACCUGGACAGCUAUGCAUCUAAACAGACAAGGGCUACACCUGGGCAGCCAUGGGUGAGAGGAUGGGAUGAUUUCAAGAAAGGUCGUGAUAGCCCUGAUGUUGGGAAUCAGUAGUUCUUCUUCUUCUAUAACUCAAUUGCUGCUGCUUAGUAAGUUUACUUAUGUUAAAAAAAUUAUGAAGAAUAAAGGUGUUAUGACAUAAUGAUGAUGAUGA